ACAAUUCCACCUAAAAAACAAUUUCGAUGUUUCACCAAAAAAAUAAAUUAGUGUGUUAGAUGGCUGAAACUCCUUAUUGACCGUUGCGAAAUGAACUGUUCACUUCUCUUGAAUUAGAUUUGGGAAGUGCUCGCUUCUGUUGUGAAUGUUAGAAGAAUGCUGGCCUACAGAUCGCUGGGUAAUCAGUGCCAAUUUGAUCAACAGCGUUAUCGAAUGCCGUCGCCUUAUCAAAACAAAUGCAUUCCUUUCGCAAACUUUGGUAACUGGCCGCAUUCGACCAUUUUGUCAUAUGAUUCGAGGGCCCAGGCUGGAAGCUGUCAACGAGUUUGCUGGCAAAACGGAUCAGAUACUCAGGAAGUUACUCAUGAUUUUUCCGUGAGAAAUCCUCAGCAACUUUCUAAGGUAUCUCCUCGAAAUUGUGAUUGCAAGCCUUCCGGAAACUACAACUUCGGGCAGUCAUGUCCUGGGCAAUUUACCAAGGAAGCUCCUCUACAAUUUGCCCAGCAAUCUCGUCAAAUAUUUCCCCAGCUAUCUCCACAUCAAUUUAUUCAGCAAUCCCCUCAACAAAUUACCCAUGAUGCGCGACAGCAAUUUCUCCUGGAAUCUUGUCAGCCAUUUCCCGAGGAAUCUUGUUCACAGCGAUCUUCUCGGAAGUGCUACUUCCAGUUGCCCCCUCAAAACUGUUGCCAACUAGCUCCGCCAAACUGUUUUCAGCUUAUUCCACGAAUUUGUUUUCAAGGAAUAUGCGAAGACAAUGGCCCCAGUAAAUGCCCGAAAAGGUGCAGCUUCACUAUUACCCACGAAAUGGGCGUUCAAACGGAUGAGAUGGAGUGUGAGGUCACUAAGGUCCAGAGUCCAAAGCCAGAGGAGCCCGAAAUCCUCGCGGUCACCGAGCUUACGACGGAGGAGCUGGAGGUGAAACAUCGCACCGGAAAAAGGGAUAUCAUCGUCAAAGAGAUCCAGUCCGUCACCCGUUUCCCAAACGAUGGCUCGGAUGCCGUCACCGAAGUCGAGACUCGGAAUAAUAUCAAACAGGUAUCCCGUUCGGGUAAGAAGCUCAGGGAGGAAACCCAGAAAACAAAGACCAGUCGGGGCAAUAGCAGAAAGGAAGAUGUCAUAACCGACCGGGUCAUUAGACAGUCAGAGUUGGAUCCAAUAGUUGAAUCUUUUAAGGCGGAAACUGGUAACAAACCAGAUAGUUCCCAAGAAGAGCAGCUGAUCUACGAGAAGUAUGAAACAUUUGAGCGUGACUUUAAUACCCCGCAACACCCUCCCCGCUCGCCCAUUUCCCACUCACCUUUGGAAGACACAAGCCGCUCAGAAUCCGGCAAGGAUAUGUUCUCCCCAAACGAGGAAAGAAGCAAGAGUUUUGUCCUGUUAAGUAGUGUCAGUUCGGUGGAUAAAAUAAAGAAGAAGAAACCCAAGGUGCCAAAAGUGAGAAAAAAAAGGUCAUCUGAGUACGACAACGUGAGCACUUUACGCUUGAGAGUUACUAAAAGAAAGGAGCAAUCCGUAAAGCGGCCCAAUGCCAGAGAAUCGCAAAAAAAUGUGACAUCGGUCUACGAGAGCACAGUUACCCAGAUGAUUGUCAAGAAACCAAAACCAAAGAAGUCAGAGCCAACGAAUCCAGAGCCGGAGAAAAAGAAGCCAAGGAAACCGGAAAAGAAGUGGCCGAAACCCAAGCAUCCACCCGAAACGGGCAUGAAACAUGGCUUUCCCUCCAAUGACUUGGUCUGCAGAUAUGAAAACCCCCCAAAGUGCAGACCCAAUGCCAAUACCACCAGCUUCAGAUGUCCACGUCCGCCGUCCUCCUGUCGCAGCCAAUGCCCCAUGCCUCCUGCCAGCACCACACAAUACGAUCCCAUCUACGGUUUUGGCAGCCAUUGUGUCGCUUACUAUCGUUGUUAAAAC